AUUCCUCCUCCCCUCGGAGUCUGACAGCCCCGUUAGCUGCCGCUGCUCACCGGCAAUGAUACAGCAAACACGGUCUCGUUAAGGGCACACGGCCGCCCGAUUUUGACACGAAAAGACCGACAUUAGUCCCGACGACACUGUCAGUUGAUUGUAGAUGACGUGCGAUAGUCGCCAAGUUUGUUUCGGGGGGAAAGAAGAGGACGUCAGCCAGAGGAAUGGACGCAGCGACUGGUUUCAUGCGACAUAGGUCGACGACCACCUGACCGCCGCAAAAGAAGUGUUUAUACGGCGGAAAAAAGCCUUCGCUUUGCUUGGCUGUGACGCGACCAUUUGAGCUGUACAACAUUUGCAAGGUACGACAAGAUCCGGAGGAGCGGAGCUAAUCACUUUCUGUUGACCUAACAGGGCUUUUAAGCUAACUGUCUAGCCGAAUUUUUUUGAAUGAAUUAUUCCUUUUUAUUCACCUCUGCUUUUAUGUAAGGCACAUUAGUGUGUUUAGUCGCUGAAGUCCGCGUAUUAAGUCCAAUUCCCGUCGUUAAUGGAAUGAAAUAAGUCAUUUGACAUUUCACUGAUGGGGCUUUAGCAUCACAGGCGAGCUAGCCGCCAGGCCUUUUUCCAAGGAACGCAACCAACUUGAGCCUGUCUUGAGCGAGUAUGCACCACCAGGACUUUUCUGGAGACCCGCCCGCUGCUGGUAGUAGCAGGAAGACUGUGUAUCAUUACCGCCGAGGCAGCAGCGGGGCCCCUGCCUCUUCCACUGGCUCUGGAGUCGUCAUGAUUGAAGACAGUCCGGCCCCGGCUGGAACGUCCUCCCCAGGACCUCACCAGCAGCCCGCGUCCCAGUUGGCCGGAGCCCAGAUGAAGAAGAAAAGCGGUUUCCAGAUAACGAGCGUCACUUCUGCCCAGGUCAACGUAAGCGGCAGUAACAGCCUGGCCGAUGACACCGAGAGCUAUGACGACCUGGAUGAAUCACACACCGAGGACCUCUCCUCCUCUGAUAUGCUGGAUGCUUCGGUGUCCCGGGCCACGGACACGGGCGUGCCGGAGAGAAGUUCGUCGGAUGAGACGUUAAACAGUCUCCACGGGGUCGACACGCCAGGCCUCGUGUCGCCGAACGAGCCUUCGUAUCCACAUUCCAUCCAGGGAUCCCAGAAGCAAACUUCCAUGGUAAAUGGAACCGUGCAGCAUUAUUACCCUCUGCCCAAUCCGCAUCACCCAGACAACUUGGGGGGAGGUGAACCAUCGUUGCCAGUUCUUCCCAAUGCUAGCACCAGCCCAGGUGUGGUUUUCAAAACAGGGGUUACCCAGUCCCAGAAGCCACCACUGUUGGAUAGCACCAAACCCGCAGGUGGGGUAGCUCAACCAUCAGCCCCUACUGCUGGUAGAGCCAGUGAUGCACAUUCACAAGGCAAUGGGAAUUUUCCAAAUGUCUCUACUGUCAAUCCAGUUCACCCAUCUGGGCAACAAGGUUUUGACAACAGCGGUGUGAGUGCGCCAACAUCUUCCACUGGUGGAGGAACAGGCCCGCCUGCUGCUGCCUCUAGCACUCAAACCCAGACGACGACCAGCUCUCGUUUCAGGGUGGUCAAACUGGACACUAACUCUGAGCCGUUCCGCAAAGGGAGAUGGACGUGUACGGAAUAUUAUGAGAAAGAGAUUCCACCCGCAGCGAUAUCGGAGGCACCUAAAGGUGCAGAGGCUUCUGUAGAGACUGAGCCUGGUAAUGCUGGAGUAAGUCCCGUACUUCCAGCUGUCCAGCCACCUCACAAUUUGCAACCUUAUCAGCUGCCCAGCCAGGACUUCACCAGUCCACAUUCAAUUCAAAGCCCACCACAAGCACCGGUGCAAACUACCCCACUCAACUAUGUGUCACCCCAGGAAAUAGUUGGUGCCGCUCACAUGCAGAAGCCAGGCACUCCCGGUGCUCUCCCGGCAACUAUGCAGCAGGUGAGCGGGCAGGCUGCUAUAAACCAAUCCCCUCAGCAGUUACCCUACGCUGUGGACUGGCACCAGGCACAAGCCCAGGGGGGAUAUGUUUCACCUCUUCUUAAUACCGGAAUCCUAGCCGGAGGAAGCGGUCGGCAGCCAGACUUCAUUCAACCCACUGCUCCAUUUCAAACCCAGGUUCAGCCUCCACUGACACACAUUGUAGCAUCCAUAUCAGCAGGAUCAGGGGUCGCCGCACAUCCACCAGGCAACAUCGCUCAACACUUACCCCAUCUUGGUCAUCUGUCUCCAGCUGUUGGGGAAACCAGACAGCAACCUUCUCAUUCUCUACAGCCAGUCUCCACCCCCACUGUACCACCAGCGCAUGGAACCCCAUACACGCCUUUGACUGCACUUCAAGCUGACCUUCAACCCCUUCUGACUCCAGGCACGACUCUUUACCCCGGCCCAGUGUCAGGAGGAAGCUCCCUCAAAUCCUCCCAGCUGGAAGAUGCGCAUAAGUUUUUAUUUCAGCACCAAGGCCUUCUGGGACUGCCCAGGCUGGGCACUGCCACGGGUGGAGUUGCCCUGGACGCCGGCAUCGCUGUCGGAAGCUUGGCCCACAUGGGGAUGUCAGCUGAGGCCAGCGCCUUCGUGGCUGCUGCUGCUGCUGGCCUGAGGACUCACCCUGCUGAAGGAGAGGAGGACAGCUCCUCGGGUGCGAGUGUGGUGGCCAUCGACAACAAGAUCGAGCAAGCCAUGGACCUGGUGAAGAGUCACCUGAUGUACGCUGUGCGCGAGGAGGUGGAGGUGCUGAAGGAGCAGAUCAAGGAGCUGAUCGAGCGCAACACCCAGCUGGAGCAGGAGAACAACCUGCUAAAGACCCUGGCCAGCCCAGAGCAGAUGGCCCAGUUCCAAGCCCAGGUCCAGACCGGCGGCUCCCCCACCGGCGCCGCCCAGCCCGUGGUCCAGGCCUCGGCGGGGACGACGCAAGUCCUCCCUUCCGCACAAAACUCUGGCGCAUCCGCGUAAAAAAAUAAAAAAAUCCCCAGCUGUGAGGGGUUAGCGAAUGGGAACAGAGGAGCCAUAAUAUAACCCCUCCUCCUCCUCCUCCUCCUCCCCCUUCCUCAACACUAUGAGGAUUUCCUACGGUUUUUGUUGCACAUUUUGUUCAUGGUGUACGUCUGCCUUGACUUUGACCUGCUUCGAACAAUCGCUGUUGUCAUGGUGACGGGGGACACACACACCAAGAUUAUGUGAAUUGAUCUGUGGAAAGUGUGCCAUUGCCCCCCCACCCCCCACGCACCCCCACUCAAUCAGCACACAUUCCUUUUAUUUUUGUUUCUUUUUGUCAGUGCAUCUUCUCCACUUGCACAUGUCGCUGCUACCAAUGGACAAACUUUUUAACCGAGGACUCCCCCAUCUGGAAUGGGACGAUAUUGGUGGCGCCAUCACUGUUCACUUCGGCAUCUUCUCUAGUGUCACGUGACCCCCCUCGACACACCCAACCCUCUCGGAUGGGGACCUAAAUAUUUAUGCAGGGAAUCAAUGUUCUUUUUUUUGUUUUUUUUUUUAGAGAGAAAGGUUUUUUUUUGUCGGUUGAGGUAAUUUAUGUCCAAGUGAUGUGCAACAGUUAAAAAUAACGGCGAGGUGUUGGAUAGGACGAACCACAACAUUGCCAAUUCAGCCAAGUGCCUGGUGUGUAACCAUAGAUACAUAUAUAAUCUCUUUUUCAAUUAUUUUAUAUGUACAUAUACGUGUGUGUGUAUAUAUAUAUAUAUAUAUAUAUAUCUAUGGUUUGCCAGGUUGAGAAGUACCUGCUAGAUCAGCACUUGUGGUGAGAACAGACGACGAUUAUUUACCUCGGACGCUCAAAACAAUAACGGACUGUUUCUUGUUUGAGAAUGUUUCACUUGAGUUGUUUUAAGCGAGUGAGGACGUUUCACUUUUCUUUUCAGUCUUUUUGUACAGCCGGGUGGUGUGGGCAAACAAGGAAAUGCCUGGCGAGGAGGUACGUGAGUGUUUUUGUGCAUGUUCCUCAGCCCGACACAAAUGUGACGUUACGAUUUGCACUAGACAGUUGCACCUCAAAUAAAAGUGAAAACAGAGAAAAAGAGACCUGUUUUUUGUUUGGUUUUGUUCGGGUACUUGCAUUAUGUUAUGCUUGUAAUGAGGAACUGGGAUUCAAACCUUUAACUCAUUAAUAUUGUUUUCAAAUGUAUAACUAAAAUAUUUAUGAUUGCAAGAAGUUAAA